AUGCGGGACGAUAUUCGAGAAGUAUUUGCAUAUUUUUUAUCAAAAAACGAUGAUAAAAUUCCUAUAUCACAAGUUGGACUAUGUCUUCGGGCUUUGGGAUAUACACCAACAGAAGAACAGGUGAAAAAUUUGACAAAAGCCUGGGGUCAAGAUGGUCGUGUAUCACUGGAAGAAUUUGUACCAAUUGUUAACGAUAUGGAACAAGAAGAACGAACUAAAAAGCAGUUUACCAGAAACGAUUAUAUUGAGGCUUUAAAUCAGAUGGAUCGCGAUGGAGAAGGAACUAUACCGUCCAGCCUUUUACGUCAUAUGCUCUCAUCGAUGGGAGAGCAUUUGACGCAAGAUGAAAUAGAUGGUAUCUUGCUUGGAUUGGAAAAUGAGGAAGGCCGUAUUAACGUUGCUAAAUUUGUCGGUCGUGUUUGCGAUACUUCAGCUGACUUUUAA